AUGAGGUGUUCUUUCAAGGGCGCUGCCCUCGUGUUUUCGCUUGUCUCCCUGGGCAUUGUUUUCCACAACUUCCGUGGCAUCAACCACAUGACCAGUCAACGGGACCCUCCGUCCCUUCAAAAUCUCUUGACAAACCAGGCGCAAAGCGCGAAGAGCUCUUUGCCGACUUCGAAGGUCACACUUGGCGAGGCAAGGAAGAGGAACAAGCCUGCCACACUUCGUGAGCGAUCUCCGUAUCGAAUACUCGCUGCUGAGUGCAUCAUGCCAUCGGGUGCAAAAAGCAACUGGCGGCAGGUGCCCGAAAGAGACUUGGAGACGAUCCGGUCAAAGCCGGCCAGCUCAGUUAAGAGCUGCGAGAAGCGCGGCGAUGCGCUCGUGUUCCACCUCAACCUUCUUGAGGCCAAGAAAGCGACCGGUUUCGCUUACGAGAUGCCUUUCCCUCGCUACAUUGUAGCAGACGAGUCUGGGAGCUGGCGAUCGACAAGAUCCACGCUUCAGCUUUUUCACGUAGAUGACAAGCAACAGUUCCAUCCCAUGGGACCUGCCCACAGCAACCACGCAGACAUAGCCGAAAAAGGGGACGGGGCUUUCAGCCACUGGCGUCACACGAUCACUUCGGGACCCUGGUGCAAGUCGAUGCUUCGCUUCUCAACGCCGAAGAACGUGCCUCUCAAGAAGGUUCGUGCAAUGGUUGCAGUGGUCUUCCCCAUGGUGCCACCUUUUGGGUGGAUAGAGUUCAACCGAGGGAAGCACGUGGUGCACCAGGAGGUCUUCCGAGAGCUGUUCUUACAAACUUUUCCCACAGCUGGUGUCGCGAGGCCACACCUCAUCGAUGCUGCCGAGGACACGAUCCCGAACACGAGGUACGUCUGGCGAGUCGGUGGCAAUCAUGAGUUCGAGCUCCCGUUGAAAGAUGGUGAGCUCUACGAGAAGAGGCUGCCAUACCAAAUCGUGGAGUGGUACGAGGAGUUCGAACGACGAGGCGGUGUGUUGUACCCGCCACCUGGGACUUACCUGUACUAUCAAAACAAAGUGGGGUUGGCUCGCCUGUUCAUCGAGCGGAAGGUGAAGAUUCCCCCCACCUGGGUCAUCACGAGCGCGGAGGAGGCUAAGCUGGAGAAAGACAACAUCCGAUUUCCGGUAGUCAUCAAGGACCCGUACGGUUUCUCCAGUCUCGGCUUGCUCCAAGCAGCCAACACUGAUGAAUUCGUGGAGAAGAUGCAGCUCUACUUCUCCAAGGCCCUGCCGGAUGUGGAAGCCAUCGUGCAGAGCAAGGUGAUUGCGCUGAAAGAGGCGCGGGUCACCUACGUGGACGGGCGCCCUUUCCACGGCUAUUGGCGGAUCAGGCAGAGCCUCAACUCCGCUUCCGCGGCCAGCAACCUCGGCGGUUUCCAGGAUUUUAACUUCCCUUUGGAUGCGAUUGCACCCUACGUGGCGGAGUUUGCAAACAGGACAGGCAUCCCUGUGGGAGGUGUUGAUUUCAUAUGGGAGGAGGAGGAUGCGGACGUGAAGACCAUGCCGUAUACUCUUGAGGUCUCCCCUACGAGCGACAUAAACCCACCGGCGCCUUUGUCAUGGCACAAGACCUACUCGGAGUUCAAGCACACCUCAG